CAUUUCACCGGCCGGCCAGCGCCAAAGACACCACGCACCAGCAUGACCUUUCAUGAGUUUUUACAGGAUCAUGUUGGAUUGUUGGUCUGCAGAUUCUAACAUAAAAUUGUUGGAUUACUGUCUGAUGAGUUGAAACUAGUGCAAGUAUCUACACAAAUUCCAAAGGGAUAAAAAUAUGGAGACCAGCAUGACCAGCGUACAGCGUGAACAAGUGCUACAAGAUGACCUGAAGCCAGUGGCCAGCAGUGACCUUCGACCUGUUACCUCUAGUAGUAACCUUGCAGCAAGCUACCAGGCUGCUGCAGAUUUUACUGCAGGUGCUUUAGGUGGUGUAGCUUGUGUCUUAGUUGGCCAACCGUUUGAUACAGUCAAGGUCAAGCUACAGACAUACCCUGAUCUGUAUCCCAGUGCUCUCAGAUGUUGUGGACAGAUCUUCAGGAAUGAGGGUAUACCAGGGUUGUUCCGAGGCACUCUGCCUGCAAUGGCUGCCAAUGUCGGAGAAACUUCUGUUUUAUUCUUAUCUUAUGGACUUUGUCAGAAGUUUGUAUGUCGCGUGUCUGGAACAGACAAGAUAGAGAAUUUAACAGCCUUUCAGAAUGCUUCGUCAGGGUUUGUGGCUGGAUUCUUUUCGUCAUUAGUUCUUUGCCCAACAGAGCUUGUUAAAUGUCGUCUGCAAGCUAUGACUGAAGUUAUGGCAACUUCCAAGAAACAUGCCCAGAGAAUAGGACCUUGGCAAAUCACCAAGAACAUCAUCAGAAAUGACGGCGUAUUAGGACUUUUCCAAGGUCUUACAAGUACCUGGUUACGGGAGAUGCCUGGCUAUUUCUUUUUCUUCGGUGCUUAUGAAAUAUCAAGAACGCUGCUGACUCCUGCAGGAACAAGCAGGGAUGAUUUAAGUCCAUUUCGUCUGAUGAUAUGUGGUGGUAUGGCUGGUGCAGGUUUAUGGACAGCCAUUUAUCCUGUAGAUCUGGUCAAAUCUAGAAUACAAGUCAGGUCCCUUACUGAAAAGAUGCCAGGCUUUCUCUCAGUUACCAUGGAUAUCAUCCGAAAAGAAGGUUUGAGGAAGCUAUAUUCUGGUCUAACUCCCUGUGUUCUGCGUUCAUUCCCUGCUUGUGCUGCAUUGUUCUUCACCUACGAAUGGAGUAAGAAGCAGAUGAUGCUACACAGACCAAACUGGGCUUUGUGAUGUCAUCAAUUAUAUUAUCCUGGACAAGGUAUUAAUGUAGGUAAUAAUAAAUGAAAUAACCUAUAGCAAUAUCAUGCAAAGUCAAUGAUUCAUUCUUUAAGUGAAAUAUUCAAUGAAAGAUUAAUAACAAGUUAUAUUUUAACUUUUUGGCUUUUAAGGAUUUGGUUAAAUGUUGUGUUUAAAUGCCAAUUUUUUACCAGUAUUACCUUCUGAGAAAUUGUAUUUCUCAUGUUUUCAGGAUAUUUUUAUCCACGUGUCACACUGAUCAUAAUAUUUUAGUAGUGAAGUGUUCUUUUUUGCACUGAACCUUUAUUUUGUUUUUGUUUUUAUCAAUCACCUUUGACAUUGUUUUGUGUGCUUAGGGGUACUGCAUUUAUGGGGGGGGGGUGUUUUUAUCCUAACAAUUAGUGUAAAUUGUAAGCAAACAUCAGCACAAAGUUUAAGAAAAUUUGCCAAUCUAAUAUCAAAAAUGGUUAUCUACUUAUAAUCAGAGCAAGUAAAUUGACUAAGAAUAAAAGUAUACUCAAAAUAUCAAAUAUAAUAAUAUAUAAAAACAAGUAUAUUUUCCUACACACAGCCCAGGUUUUUUUUUAAUUUAGCCUAAUUGAAUCCUCCAGGCUUCAGUACUGUUUAGUCACUUAUUCCAACAACAUAUUUUACCUGGAUUUACCACCUUUUGUGAAAACAAUCUCUGUAAUGAGAAUGUAACUUCAGCCAAUAAACCUCAUAUAUCAAAGCAUAGAGAAAUGUGUUAAUAUAAAGGGAUAAUGUGCUCUACAUUUCCUGAAAAGGUGCAAUCCCUUUCCCCCAAAAUAAGCAGAAUCCAAUAGUACCUUGCUCGCUUUUUUAUACAUUAUUUGUGUCAAAUAAUGUAUAAAGUUUGAGAGAAAGGUUGAUAAUUGGAUAUUUUUUGUUUAAUAUCCUGUAGGUACAUCUUUUGUUCUAAGAUUUGUUUAACUUCAUUGUUUAACUUGUGACAAAUGCGUUACAUUGGUGAUUUAAACACAAGAAAUAACCAGAUCAGAAUGCAUGAAUUAUAUCUGCACUUUAUAUUGAAGUUACUCUUUCAACUGUUCCGCCAUCUCUGGGCCUUGAUCUUUUUAGGAAAGUCAAACUUCCCAAUCAACUGACCGAUUCAAACUGAGGAGGAGAACUAUGUACUUCUUUUUGAAGGGGUAAUUAAAUUGUUCAGGUAGUGAUAUGAAGAUAAUAUCAAUCCGGCUA